GCGCGCGGUGGUAGGUGGCUGGCGAGUGGCGAAUCUCCGUCGCGUAUUGAGAUUUAAGAGGCCACGAUCCCCUCUCCUUCCUUCCUCCUCCGCUUCGCCUCACCAACCGAAACCAUUCCAUACCAAACCAAGCCAAUCUGAGUCUCCCAAUGGCAGCAGUGCCCACGUCGCACCAGGUGGCCGCUGGGACGCCCUGGAGCUCCCUCCCCCGCGGGGGCUUCCGCGCGUUUACGGAUUCCGCCCCCGCCUCCGUCCGCUUCUCCGUCGGGCGCCGCCGCGCCUCUCGCCUAGAGGUGAAGGCCGCUGGAAAUAUCUUCGGGGACUACUUCCAGGUAGCAACUUAUGGAGAGUCUCACGGAGGUGGUGUUGGUUGCGUUAUCAGUGGUUGUCCACCCAGAAUCCCACUCACUGAGGAAGACAUGCAAGCAGACCUCGAUCGAAGGCGGCCAGGUCAGAGCAGAAUAACCACCCCAAGAAAGGAGACUGAUACUUGCAAAAUUCUUUCAGGAACGUUUGAAGGAAUGACGACUGGGACGCCAAUUCAUGUUUUUGUCCCGAACACAGAUCAAAGAGGGGGUGAUUACACUGAAAUGGCCAAGGCGUACAGACCUUCUCAUGCUGAUUUAACUUAUGACCUCAAGUAUGGUGUUAGAUCUGUGCAGGGAGGUGGAAGGUCAUCAGCAAGAGAAACCAUUGGAAGGGUAGCUGCAGGAGCUCUUGCAAAGAAAAUUCUUAAGCUCAAAUCCGGCGUGGAGAUUCUGGCAUUUGUUUCCAAAGUGCAUAAGGUUGUACUUCCAGAAGAUGCAGUUGAUUAUGAAACUGUAACCAUGGAGCAGAUAGAGAGCAACAUUUGUAGAUGUCCCAAUCCAGAAUAUGCACAGAAGAUGAUCGAUGCAAUUGACGAAGUACGACUUAAAGGGAAUUCGAUCGGUGGGGUUGUCACAUGCAUUGCAAGAAAUGUUCCUCGUGGGCUUGGCUCUCCUGUAUUCGACAAACUUGAAGCUCUACUGGCGAAGGCUAUGCUUUCUCUUCCAGCAAGCAAGGGAUUUGAGAUUGGUAGUGGAUUUGCAGGUACUGACUUAACUGGAAGUGAGCAUAACGAUGAGUUCUAUAUGGAUGAGGGUGGAAAUGUCAGAACGCGAACUAAUCGCUCGGGCGGUGUACAGGGAGGGAUAUCAAACGGUGAAACUAUAUACUUCAAAGUAGCUUUCAAGCCUACAGCAACUAUUGGGAAAAAGCAAAAUACUGUAUCAAGGGAUCAUGAGGAUAUUGAACUUAUGACAAGGGGUCGUCAUGACCCGUGUGUUGUCCCUCGGGCUGUUCCAAUGGUGGAAACAAUGGCGGCAUUGGUUCUAAUGGACCAGCUGAUGGCGCAUGUUGCUCAAUGUGAGAUGUUUCCACUGAACCUUGCCUUACAAGAACCAAUUGGCUCUGCCAACAAUACACCUGCACUGGCACCAGAUCUAGCAUAAUGCCUGAAGCCCUUCUAUAUUUCCACCAUCUCUUCUAUUCUGCUCUCAUGUGCCAUAUAUCUUGGUUUUGCUAUGCAGUUCGCAGUUUUGCACCAAACCUGUAUCCUAGCGUAUAUCUUUGAUUAGUGUACAUCAAUAGAUGCAAUGAAAACCAAAAUAAAGCAUGUUUAUGUUUUGCGGCGUCAACAGUUUGUGAAGGACAUCCUGUUAAUUAAGCAAUGAGUGUAAUUUUACUCCAUUUGUGGGAGAUAACGUUUUUCUAUGUGCGCCAGUAUCACGGUAUGACUUCAUGCUUCA